UAGUAGAUCAUGUAUGAUGAUUAUCCAAAACUCUACUAACAAUAAAAUAAAUAAUCGAGUAUACAAAAGUACGCUGAAAAAGCAGCAUCCCAAAAGUGCCACCAACCGACGAUAAACCACUCUGAUUUUUCGUCAGAGAUGGCAACAACUCCGCUCUCUUCUAUCCAAUUAUUAACUUCACUUUUCGUUCUUCUCUCUCUUCUCCUCCAAUCAGAACCUUCCACGUUACUACUGACCUCACCAACCAUUCAGCUCCCCCAAUCAACUACCACCACUAUCUCCGUUACCGACUGUGGUGCCGUCGGCGACGGUAUCCACUACGACACCCGCCACAUCCAGGCCGCCAUAAACGCCUGCUCUGCCGGCAGCGGAGGAUGCCGCGUCGUCUUCCCUCCGGGCACCUACCUCACCGCCACUGUCUUCCUCAGAUCUGGCGUCGUGUUGGAGAUCCAAAAGGGAGCCAAGAUCUUAGGGGGUACAAGGCUGGAGGACUACCCGGCGGAGGCGAGCCGGUGGUACGUGGUGUUGGCCGAGGACGCGGUGGACGUGGGAAUCACCGGCGGAGGAGAAAUCAACGGCCAGGGAUUGAAGUUCGUGGAGAGGUUCGAUGAGAGGAAGAAUGUGAUGGUGAGUUGGAAUCGGACUGGAGCUUGUUUGGGAGACGAGUGCCGGCCGAGACUGGUUGGGUUUCUUCGGUGUAAGAACGUCAGGGUUUGGGACGUCAAGCUGAUUGAGCCGGCCUACUGGUGCUUGCACAUAGUACUGUGUGAUAAUACAUUCAUUCAUGAUGUUUCAAUCUAUGGAGAUUUCAAUACACCCAACAAUGAUGGAAUAGAUAUAGAUGAUUCAAAUAAUACUGUCAUCACAAGAUGCAACAUCAAUACAGGGGAUGACGCCAUCUGUCCAAAGACAUACGAUGGGCCCCUCUAUAACCUAACAGCAACGAACUCUUGGAUCCGAACAAAAUCUUCAGCGAUCAAGCUUGGCAGUGCUAGUUGGUUUGAUUUUAAAGGUCUGGUGUUUGACAACAUUACUAUUGUAGAUUCUCAUAGAGGGCUUGGAUUUCAGAUACGUGAUGGAGGAAAUGUAAGUGAUAUUACCUUCUCCAACAUAAAUAUCAGCACAAGAUAUUAUGAUCCAUCAUGGUGGGGUAGAGCAGAACCUAUUUACGUGACAACCUGCCCAAGGGAUAAGAAUUCAAAAGCGGGUUCAAUAUCUAAUCUACUCUUUAUCAACAUAACGGCAACUUCUGAAAAUGGCAUCUUCUUAUCAGGAUCAAAAGAAGGCCUCUUAAGAAAUUUGAAAUUCAUCAAUGUCAGCCUAACUUACAGGAGAUGGACAAAUUAUCCAGAUGGGCUGGUAGAUUAUAGACCAGGAUGCAGAGGACUUGUUAAACAUGGUAUAGCUGGGAUCAUCAUGGAACAUAUUGAAAAUUUGGAGGUUGAAAAUGUAGAUAUGAGAUGGUCUGAGGAUCGGUCAGGCCGGUGGAAUAAUCCUCUGGACUUCAGGCCAUCUACUGUAAAUAACAUUUCUUUGCUCAACUUCCACUCAGGUAUGUACAAAUAAUAAAGGGUAAGUCGGGGGGUGGAUACUCCAACCCUGAAAUUUUAUUCUUUUGAUGGAAAUAAAUUGGAUCAAAUUUGAAAUA